AUGGUCAAGAAGAUACUUAAUGCUAGACUGACUUUAGAGCAAACACAGAAGCAAAAUGAUCAGGUAACCAUUGGCAGCCUUUACCUGAGUCUACUUGGAAACAGACCUAGAGUGCCUUGGAGAUGUCUGAUAUUUGCCAACUCUGCAAGACCAAAGGCCAUUGUUACUAUGUGGCUCCAAUUACAAAACAAACUACCAACUAGUGAUAGGUUGGCUUCAUGGGGGAUGGAUAUAAAUCAACAAUGCAAGCUGUGUCAAAAUAAACUUGAAACUAGAGAUCACUUGUUUGUCUGCUGUGAGUUUACAAGAGCUAUUUGGAGGAAGUUGAUGGCAUGGAUCAAAUGGCCAGACUAUACUUUAGAUGCUUGGGAUACACACUUGAAAUGGAUCAUAGAGAAAGCCAGAGGCAAUAAUCUGACUGCCCAGCUUUUCAGACUAAUAUAUGCAGAAUGUAGUCAUGCAGUAUGGAUAGAAAGGAAUCACAAAAUUUUUGAAGACAAAUGUAGAAAUCUUGAACAUGUUGCAAAAGAGGUGGCUUAUAUGUGUUGUAUGAGGGCUCCUACGGCCAUUAGUUCUAGGUUGCAACAACUUAGCUUUGUGUGA